UCAGUUCAGUUAGGUGUGCUGCUAAGUCCAGUAGAGUUUUUAUUUUUCUCUCUGAAGAUGUCUUGGAUUCGAAUUGUUGUCCUCUCUUUGCUCACCACCCUCCUCGUCCUCACUUUUUCCAUUGUGGUGGAAAGUGCAGCAGUCCGGGAUGACUCAAAAGCUGACCCUCCUAAAGGGCCAGCACAGCAGGUGUUCAUGCCCGAGUCGGACGCAUCCAACUUUUUCAAACGCCGCAGUCGCCGCUCAGCCCGAUACUAUGCUGAGCUCCAAGCUGAACAGAGAGUAAGGCUUUCUGUGCACGAACGGAGGAGGGAGUACAAUGAGGAGCAAAGGAAUGAAUACGAGAACUACAUCGAGGAGGAGCGUGAUGAGCAAAAUGAGAGAUCGAGGGAGAUAAACGAGCAGUUGCGAGAGUAUCACUAUGACGGCCUGUAUCCUCGCUACUACUGGUUCCAUUGAGCAGUACGCCACAGCACCUCUCACUGAAGCAGUACUAAUACUGCUAUUGGCUCUACUCUGUACCAGUGAUGAUUCCUGACAUUUUGAGAGCAGGUGCUAAAGUUAUUGCAAUAUUUUCACCUAGUUUAAUCUACAAGAUAAAGAUUUUCUUUUUCUUUUUUUUUAAAUAAAACCUAAAUAGUACAAUGUGUCUCCAUGUCAAACUGUAAAAUCUGUUAAAAGUGCAGUUUUUGUAUUGUUUCAUAUUAAACACAGACAUAUAUGUUGCAUUUUACUGUCUUUUUUACAUGUACAUAUAAACUAUAUAAUGUCCUUCACGUAAUCCUGAGACAUUAGAUGCAAUGAAACAACCUCUUGGUCUGACAUCUGACUGGUUUUGCAAAGAAACUGAUUUUGCAUCUCUAAAUCAAAAUAACAAAUAAAGAUUUCUUCAUUCCCA